GGCGACAACACCCACAAAACCUUGGAGAGUGUCAUUAAGACUAAUCAAUAAGCGUCGUUCUGUGAUUAAAUCCGUGCGUUCUGGGACAACGUGAGGCCACGAAGUGAUAGUGGAAGCCAAGGAAUAACACCACGUCGCAGUGAGACGGAUUGUAUUACAGCAGAACAACACACUUCGACGGGUGGACAGAGAGCGAGUGAGAGAGGAGAAAAAAUAUCUAACAGAGGAUGAGAGGGGCCAAGAGGUAAAAAAACAGCCCAUGAGAGAAGCGUGGAAUGAAAAAGAUGAUGGUUUCUCGAUGCAGACUGUUCAGACGUCGUCACCGUGGAGAAGUCAUCCAGGAGCCACGUCACCUGUGAAGAUGGAGAGCACAGAGAUUGUGUCCAAUGGCACUACGAAGAAUCGAAAGUGGUCGCUGGGUGGCUUCUUUCGACGGAAGAAGAAGGACUUGGAGUCGGAAUCGAGCUCUGAGGAGGACAGAAAGGCGGGCUUCUCGCCGAAGCGGAAAAAUAAGGACAAGAGAAAGCGAUCCAGUAAAUUGCUAGGCGCUUUCGAUCACAUUGUCUUGGCGCCGACCUUGCAGAGGAGCUCUGCGGAGAGAAUGAUACCGCAGCAGCAGACAGGAUCGUUGGACAGGCGCCUGAAGAGCCAUCGAAGGCCAGGUCAAAAGACGGAGAAUGGAAAUUCCUCCAGUGAUGAGAAUCUCAGUCACAAUUCCCUGCAAUCGAGUGGAAUAUGUCGUUUUCGCAGUGACGAUAGUCUGACGAAUCAGAGUGGUGGUUCGACAGGGAACAGAAAGACGCGAUCCGCAAGAACAGAGAGAUAUCUAAAGAGGCGGUCAAGGGAUGAGGAGGGUUCCAGUCCGAAUCAAACCAUCUACGGCGGCAGAUGGAAGACUCAGCCCAUCUGCUACAGUUCCCAGUCUAUUGACAUGCAACCUGUGAGUCAUGUGCAGAGUUCCUCGAGUCUCACGCACGUGCCACACAUGAGAUUUCAACACAAUGGCCUGGUUGGAACCCAAGAAGUGCCUGUUAUGAGAAAUGCAGACAGACGUAGUUUCAGCUACGACCACUCAAUGAAUCGCAUUUCUCCGGAGAUGCAUCUCAAAAGUCCUCCGCCACUUCCACCGCCGAGAGAUCCACAGAGGCGGCUCAAUGUGUAUGUCGACUCCCGGCCGAUUUCCUAUGCCUUCGAUCGAGGUGCCGCUCCGGAGCCAGUAUGGACGGAAAUGAGCGAGCGCUGUGUCAGUGAUAAUCGUCUCAAUGUGCAUCAAGUCUCUCCCAGGCGACCGGCUUCAGUGCAACCCGACAAUCCGCCCACGAGGCGCUUCAUCACGCGCCACAACUCCAACGACAAGAACAACAACAUGGAGACACUGUGCACUGGUGGGAACUACAAGUACCUCACAGACUCGGCACCGAGAUCCCGUCGCCCCAUCCAGAUGGUCUCAGACAAUCAAGGAUUCUACAGCAGUGGCGUGGCCAAGAUGCGAGAUGAGAUCCGGUUGAAUCAGACUCAGAGUGCCACUGACUUCUGGCGGAGAAUUGACGAGGAUGCGUCAAGGAGUCGUGGCCAGGAGCCACCUCUGGUGAAGCCCAAAGUACUGAAGCCCAAAUCUUAUCGCUAUGAUAUUCCAGUGCCUCAAAUUGUGGACUUUCUGGAUGAUAACAAGAAUCGCGUGGGAUCUCUGCCCACGCAUUACGGAGGCAAUCGAUAUGAGGAGCACGUGGCGAAGAAUAUAAGUGGACAGAGAAGGAAACCGCUGGAGAUGACAGCAACUGUGGUGACGCAGUCAUUUCCGCGAAGAUUACCUCCAGAGCCGCCCGCCAGAACAAGUAGUUCUGCGUCGGCAGGAAGGAAGUCAGCUAACCUCGAGGAGGCCAUCAAUGAAUUGGAGGAAAUAUACAAGAGUCUCAAGUUGGGCGAUGAGACACUCCUGGAUCGGGCGGAGCGUAGAGAUAUCCCAACGCCAGUGGACUUCUCUAAAAUCCGUGCCGCUGACUAUGAUGAUGAGGAGGAGGAGAACAUGGGAGAGCCGGACAUUAUUAAAGACGACGUGGCGUACAGGAAUCUGAAGCAUGCGAACAGCAUGCCCAAAGUCACUGAAGCACUUCCCUUUGGAAUCCCUAUGGGACCGAUUCCACCAUCGCCAGGCACAGAUUAUCUCAAAUUUGACCCACCAGGGGAGAAGAAAUCGCCUAAGAAGUCACCGGAUAUCGUAUCAGAUGAUCUGGCGUACCGAAAUCUCAGGAAGGAUUCGAAUAAUCUGAAGAAGGCAGAACACUUCGUGGUUCCGAAAAGUAAAAAUCGAGCCACACGGACAAUGUCAGCGAAUAUUUACAAUCUCAUUCAGAGAGAUGCAGCCAAGCCUUCGGGUGGACGCAUUGAGGAUUAUCUGGCACUGGACAGGAAGCCAGCUAUUCAUCUGUCAGACGUCAGCGAUGAAGAUGUGCCGUCAACCGUAUUUGUGGUUCGAAAGCCUGUGCCGUGCAAGCCGACGAAUUACAAAAAUGGGGCAGUUUUUAAUCUUCCCUCGACGCUAAACACUCUCUCGCCCACAACAGCUGCCAGUAAGCCUCCAAUUCCGGGCGUGCGGAAGAGCGUGAGUCCGGAUGUGAAGAAGCUGAAAGACACGGAGAUGGAGGAUGCUCUGAAUGCUCUGGCGCGCGAGGCAAAAAUCACGAGUGAGAAGCUGGGCAGAGAUUUGAUGGUGUUGCGCCGAGAGGCGAAGGUCGGGGAAUUCUCACCAGUGGAACAGGCGAAGAUUGAUAUUGAGCGAGAGAAGAAAGAGGAGGACAUUGAGGAAGUCUCCCGCGCAGCGCGACUGUGCGAGGAAAUCCUGAAAGGUGUUGUGAAGGAUGUGAAGAAGUUAGAUUCUCCUGAGAAAGUGCUGAAAAGCAGUCGCUUAUUGCACGAAAUUGGCGAGGCGUCAAAGGCGGUAAAGGCGUGCGAGAAGAUGUUGAAGGAUGUGGUGCAAGACACUCCAAAGAAAAUGCUAAAGGAUGAGAAGCUUAUACAUGACAUUAAUGAAGUGUCUCUGGCCGUGGCGGGAUGCGAGAAGAUCCUAAAGGAAGUGGUUAAGAACUCAGAAGCGCCUCAGAAGAGCAAUGAUGUGAAAAAGCCGGCUAAAGUUGAGAGUUUGAUGGAGGAAUUGCAGCCGGAUGCCACUAAACUGAAUGUCCUGACGGAGAAGUGCAUGGAACAGCUGAAGAUUCUGAAGGAGGAGGACAACGAGUUACCUGAUUAUGACAAUCUCAAGCCCGAGAGAGAGAUUAAAGAGGAGAAAAGAGAAGUGACAGUGGAGAGACGCGACAAGAAGAGGCAAAUGGAGGAGGACAUUGAUAGGAUGAUGAAGGAAUGUCAAGAGUCCGUGCCGGAAGUGGUUGAGAAGAUUAACACGACGUUCAGUGAUGUGACGAAGUUGAUUCGUGAGACUGCCAAUGAGGAGGCAAAGGUGGAGGAGAGUGUGGAUCAGGUGGACUCGGAUAAGACGCCUUAUUCGUCUCCCGUGGAGGAGAUUGUGGAGAGAAAGACGCCUCACUUUGUGCAGCAGACGACUGUUGAUUCGCCGUCGCCGCCGUUGGAACUCACGCCACCCUGCAUGGACGAUGAGUCGCAAUACAAUUCCUCGGAGGAGCUGGCGAUGAUCUUCGGCAUCAGCCAGUCCAGUCAGAGUCUGAACCAGCCGGAAACGGGUGCAACAACAGGUAAUUGCAGACGAACAGUGACACAGUUUGAGACAAUCCAUGAGUCACCCGAGGAGUCGACAGAGGAGUGCGCCGGGGGGUCAGAGAAGCCCCGAGACGCGUGCAAUGGUGGGAUGAUUGAGAGGCGGCGCGGCGAUUCUAGGGCGUCCCACAGUGCACGUGGCAAAGACGGCCAGGGAAGCCUCAUUGCGCCACAACACAUUAUUGUGGCUUGCACUUUUGGACUCGCUAAUCACGAUGUCAUCACCUAUUUAGCCAUUCUAGCCGCUCUUGUCCUACUAAUUGCAUUUAUAGUGAUUUAAUUUGAGACGCUGUCGCGUAAAAUCACAGCCACAGUGAUGGAAAUAAUUAUAGGAACAGUGCGAAUCUCGGAAUUUUAGACAUGUAGACAAGUUCAUUGAGGACUGUCUUAUGAUUAUUAUCAGCACUGUAGAUGAGAAGAAUGAUUGAUUUUCAGUUUGUAAUUUCUAAUCAGAUUUCUAGUUUUGUACUUUAGCGUAGAUCUUUCCUUCCCAAAACUGAUUUUCUCUCUAACUAAUCUCAAGUGUAACUGAGGAGUGUGAGAAGAAAUACUGUACAAUUUGAGAAAAAAAGAGCAAAGAAGUAUAUCUGGUUACCAAUUUACCUUAAUGCACAGAAAGCGAAAUGGAGAUAUAAAUGAGGAUUAAUUGAGUGUUUUAUUUCAUGUAGACUUAACUAGACUGCAUUAUGUGCCAAUGAUUGUUGAUUUGUUUAUUACUCUAUAUUCUAAUUUAAUCGCAUUGUAACUACAAUAUUAUGUGUAUACUUUCUCAAGAAGUCGAGUUAUUUUACUUCUUUCUUACAUUAAGUUCACCUUACCAUUACAAUGAUGCUUCG